CUCUUUCAGGAUUAACUGGGGUCUUUGCCAAGGCGGCAGAGCAGAGUUUGAACCGCUGUGGCGCACACUCACAAAGCAGUUGUGUGUUUCCUCUGCUGUCCACAGUCGCUUAAAAGUUACCACGCGUUAAAAGCCGCCACUGACAGUAAGAAGAAACACCUGGAGCGAUGCGUAAAAUCACUGCUGCCCACCACGACUCCGACUUUGCGAGUUUGAAGGAUGUUUCGGAGAUGGCCUGAACUUUUUUUUUUUUUUUUUUUGAGAGUGAACUUUUCUGCUCAGUAAGAUUCACAGGAACCGACUGAGGAGGAGCAGAAGCGAUCGGAGCAUGCAGCUUAUAGAAACAAACUCGGGGUGAUCCCAGUCUGGACUCCCUGUCUUUGUUUUCCGCUCUGACCGGGGCCCGGGAGGAGAUGAGUGCUCGGGAUGGGACUGUGCCUCGGUACCGAAGUAACAGAGGAGGAGAAGAAGGCGAGGACACACAGUGCCAAGAUAGACAGAGACCUGUAUGAAUACGCCAAACGGGAGAUGAAUGUGGUUAAAAUACUCUUGCUAGGUGCAGCGGAGAGCGGUAAAAGCACUCUGGUCAAACAGAUGAAGAUCAUUCACAGUAAUGGAUUCACCAAACAAGAGCUAACCAGCUUCAAGCCUGCAGUGCUGGAUAACCUCCUGACCUCCAUGAAGUUUGUCCUCCAUGGCAUGGGCGUCCUCCGGAUCAACCUGGCUAACAGCAGGAACAAGGUCCACGCCCAUUCUGUCCUGUCGUGUGGGCGGUGUUUUGAUGAAGAACAGGUGUUGUUUCCUUUCCUGAGCCAUGCCCUGUCCUGUCUGUGGACUGACCAGGGGGUGAGGGCCGCGGCGGCCCGGGGAUACGAGUAUGAGCUUAAUGACUCAGCGCUGUAUUUCUUUGAGAACAUGGCCCGCAUCGCGUCUCCAGACUACGUGCCCACAGAGACUGACGUUCUGCGAGUACGACUGAGGACGACGGGUGUGAUAGAGACCCAGUUCAAAGUCAGCCACCUCAUUUUCAGGAUGUACGAUGUUGGAGGCCAGAGAACUGAGCGGAGGAAGUGGAUUAGUUGUUUCGAGGAUGUCAGGGCGGUGCUGUUCGUGGUGUCGCUCAGCGGUUACGACAUGACCCUGGUGGAGGACCCCUCCAUGAAUCGUCUGCAAGAGAGCAUGAAGCUCUUCUCCUCCAUCUGCAACAACGUCUUCUUCCGCAGCACGUCCAUGAUUUUAUUCAUGAACAAGAUAGACCUUUUUCAAGACAAGAUUUUACACUCUGGACGACAUCUGCGGUUAUACCUGCCACAGUUUAAAGGUGCAGACUGUGACGUGGAUUCGGCCGCCCGUUUCAUUGCCGCCACUUUUGUUUCCCUCAACACCAUGCCCAGCAAACUCAUCUACCACCACUUCACCACGGCGACCGACACCUCCAACAUCCAGGUCGUCUUCCAGGUGGUUAUGGACACGAUAAUCAAAGAGAACCUGGAGGCAGUGUCACUUCUGUGACUGCCAGUCACAGAAAACUGAGAUGUCACUGGACAGUCAGUCCUGCCGGUCUUUGGAUGUGUCAUUUUAAAAGACUAACACAGCAAAAAAACAAAAAAAACAAUAGGCAUUGAACACAACAUGGAGAUCAUCUAAUCCAAGUGAACUGUCUGUUUUCUCUCUUAAGGUGCAGCCUGGGAACUCUGAUGCUCUUUGUUGCAUUUCAUCCUCUCUGAUGCUUGAUUUCAUGUAGCUUUGAAAAACGCAUUAAAGGAAGAGGACCUCUCAGCCAAUCCUUUGUUUUGGGGUUGAGCCCUGAAACGUUGACUUCUGUCAAGAGUAAUGGGCAUUUAUAUUUUUGUACUGUACAAUGAAAUCAGACAAUGAACAAUGACGUUUUCUGAAGACUUGAUAUAUAGUGCCAUUUAUUUCCCUGUCUCUUCUUGUGUGUGUGUGUGUGUGUGUGUGUGUGUGUGUGUGUGUGUGUGUGUGUGUGUGUGUGUGUGUGUGUGUGUGUGUGUGGGCGCAGGACACAGAGGUGGUGACAAUUUACUGUUUGUCCGUUACUUCCUUGGCGCAGGGUUCACUCAUGCAUACCGUCGUGUGUUUUCCGCUCAUUCAUCACUGUGUCUCCGCUUUGCACAUCCUGUGCGUCACACCCUCCUAAUGAGCCGGUGAUCACUGUAAAAGCACCCUAGUUUGUGUUGACUCUCCCUCAGCUGAAAUCAUCCACACACGUUCAUUUUAAUCUGCAUCUUCACUUUGUUCCCCUGACUCUUACCAGUCAGCGAUGACGCUGGGAAACUUUAAUAAUGGAAAUGGGAGUGUAUGUAAAGAAACAUCCCCGAAGCCUCCUGACUUGUGUUUCAUUUCCUUACUUUCACCUCCCCUGAUUAUUGCUGCAAUAUCUGACACACACACACACACACACACACACACACACACACACACACACACACACACACACACACACACACACACACACACACACACUGAUUUGUCAAGCAGGAUGAUGCCUCCUCUAUGUGAUUUGUGUGGCAUUAACUCUACUGGGCUCUGACUGUUUUGAAGGCUCCCCUGAGCGACUGACUGUGAUGAUCACACCAGCUCCUCUCUGACUCCAGUAAUAAACAAGAUAUGCUAAUGUCUGAUAUGGAUACUGAAGGUGACAGAGAGGUGAAAAACACCCCCAAGUGCCUUAUGAUGAAGUGAUUUUUCUGGUGUGUAAUUAAAAUGCUUCAUAUAUGUAUGAAACUUC